AUGGAUCGCGAGUUGCGCCAAGCCCGACAAGACCGAGAGGGCGUCUCCACGUCCGCCCGACUGAGGUACAAGGUGGCAGCAGCGAGACGCGGCAUUCAAACGGAGCGUACCGAGAGGAGCGGGGACGAGCUGCGACCGGCGGAGAAGACCCGGACGAUCAGGAAGAUCGCUGCAGUUAGGAGGCGAGGCGCGACGUCCAGCGAGGAAGUUAAGAGUGAUGGUCGUCGACGAAUGGGCAGACAGGAAGCCGAGUGGAUCGAGAAGCAGACGCAGUACAAGACGAGAGCAGCGACGCUGGAGAAAGAGUGCAGUGCUGCGUGGCGGAGCUUCUUCGCUGGCGCGGGGGGGUCGAGCUCGUCGGGUUUUGUAACGACUGCUGAGGUGAAUAAGCUGCAAGAGGAGCUGGAGACGUUGCGGACGGAGGACAUGCACAAGAUUUUGCAUCAACUACGGGCGCUGAGCAGUAAGGCGAACGAUGUUCAGGUAAAGGUGGAAGAGAUCGCGAAUGGAGAUCAGUUCUUGUCGGAGCUGCAGGAACGCAUCGACGCGAUGGAGGUAGGGUUGGCAAAGUUUAAGCUGACCCAACGCCAGCAAUUUGAGGGAUAUGUGCUUGAGGAGAAGAUGCUGGAGAAAGAGCUUGCGUUUUUUUUGGAGAAACUAAAUGACUGGGAGAGUGAAACACCACCUCGCCUUGGUCGAGGCAGUGCCAGUAGUACGUCACUCGGACCCAAAGCAAUUCAUUUGAAUAGCGAUGCUCAGAACACUGCUUGUCCACGAGGCCAAGGUUGCGACAACAGCAGCAACCAGGGAGAGGAACGGACAGGAAGGCCCAGCUCGACGGAUGAAGUUGGUAUGGUAAGACGGGUGCGCAGAUUGAAUGACGCGAUUCUUCGCUCAGGUGGCUUAAAAGGAGGAUGGGAUAGCCGAGAGCAUGCCACGUUCACGACACUGUUGGUGAAAUGCGGUCUUACUGAUGACGUGCUGCUUCGGCAGUUGUUCCCUGAAGAGAAUCAAUCUGGCUCCAAUCAAGUGAACAAUCAAAAUGAUGAGCUCGAUGGAAGUGACUAUGAAACACGAGUGUCUCGCUUUCUUCGCAAGUGCAUGCGCAAAGUGGUUACACAGACAGAAAGCUCAGUGCGAUCGCAUUUGGAUUGGUAUCUCCGUCAUCUUGAGUUGGUAGAGGAGAAGAAACGUGUGAUUCAAGAGUGGAAAGCGCGUAAGGAAGAAGAACGUCAGCAAAUUACUCAGUGUGGAUUUGAUGCUGACAGGGAAUCACUCGGACUCGACGAUUUUAAUGAUCAACCAGAAAGAAAUCGUGACUCGUCCUCUCGCAAACAGAGCAAGAGAAGCAAUAUCAAGUCCCGUGAAAAGACAGAGCGCCUGCUAGAGCAGUGGAAACUGGAUAAAAAGCAAAAGGAAGAGGAGGAGGAGCAGAAAAGACGAGAACUUCAGAAGAAGCGCGAUGCGAAAGAGGCAAAGACUUCGAAGGAGCAUCUGGUUGAGAGAUCCCGCAUUGCAAUUGAGUACGCCAAGGCCAAACGCUUGAGGCUGCAGCAGAUUGAGGAGCGCAAACAAAAGCAAAUCGCGCUUCCCCCACGACCCCAAUCUCGAGAUUUCGACGAAAGUGGCAAUAGCUCACCCAAGCAGGCCAUGAUGUUUAAUGCGACGGAAGCAUCGAAAGCACGGGACCUCAGCAAAGAUGAAAAGCAAUACCGGAUGUAA